GUGGCUGGGUUUCUGACAUGGUAUCAGAGCCAAAGGUCUUGGGUUCAACUCCCGGUGCCAGCGCUGCAGAGGCGCUCGUGUCUUCCACCUAUCCCAGCGGGGGGGGGGGUGUUGAUUCAGAUGGCUGCUCAUUCAAUCAAACGCAUAUGCACGUCAAUAUAAAUCCCGAAACUCUAAAUUCUAGAUGUUGGUGACACUUGUUCCCGUGGCUCUUCUUCCUUCCGAGGCAGCAGUGAAUUGACCAGGAGGCGUCCGCUCCGCUCUCGCCGUUAUAUUUCCGAGCGUCGCAAAUUGGUCCAUUUUAGGGUUGCGUCCAUCCGUCGCUUCCAAGUCCCGCCCGACCCCGCGCCCUCCCUUCUCGUUCUCUGGUUUCAACUUCUCGCGCUCUCCCCGCCGCCCAGCCAGCCCCCGCCAUGAGCGACGGCCCGCACGCGGAGAGCGGGCGCGGGAGCUUCGCGGACGUGGAGUGGCGCAGCGAGUGCCACCGCAGCGCGCCGAUGGCGCACCACGACGACCACGAUGACGGCGAGGACGACGAGGCCCGCGAGCUGCAGGCGGAAUUGGCGGAGGCGGAGGAGCGGCGGCUGGUGGAGCGGAAGCUGUCGCUGGUGGUGGGCAUCUGCUUCGUCUUCAUGCUCGUCGAGGUCGUCGGCGGCCUAUUGGCGAACAGCCUCGCUAUAAUGACGGACGCGGCGCACCUCUUAACGGACGUGGCGGGGCUGGUGAUCUCGUUGCUGGCGGUGCGCAUGGCGGGGUGGCGGCCCGACCCGCGCUUCACGUACGGCUACGUGCGCGCCGAGGUGCUGGGCGCGCUGGCGUCCGUGGCGCUCAUCUGGGUCGUCACCGCGCUCAUCCUCUACGAAGCUAUCUCCAGGCUGUUCUACUCGCACCCGCCAGUGGACGGGCCGCUGAUGUUCGCCAUAGCGGCGUUCGGCACGCUGGCGAACGUCGUCAUGGCCGUGUGCCUGCACUCCCCCGCUGUGAUCGGCAGCAGCGAUGGGGGAUCCGCUUGCGCGUCCUCCAUCCCCCACUUCCACAUGCACAUGGGCUCGACGUGCUCCGAUGGCCAUGGGCACUCGCACGGCCACUCGGACUCACACUCGGACACUCACUGGCACACUCACAAUCACGCAUACUCUCACGACCGCACACAGUCGAAGCAGCAUGCGUCAGAGCACGCAUGCUCCGAUGCACAUGGGCACUCGCCCACCCAUGCAAGUGAGCUUCCAAAAUGCGCCCAUGGCCAUUCCAAGAGUCACACGCACGCGCACGCGCAUGCCUCUGAUCACUGCCAAUCCCAUGCCAUGCUCCACGCACACAACCAUGAGCACGCACACGACCAGGAGCACUCACACGACCAUGACCACACACACCACUCCCAACAGCACCACCUACAACAACAGCCUGGGUGUCACACGGACCAUGUGGCUGUGGAACUCCCACUGCUUGCAUCUGCCCUUCCCGCUCUUCCCGCUCUUCCUGCUCUUCCUGCUGCUCACGCUCAUGCUUCUGUUGCUGCCACGGACGACGCACUGGCCCUACCUCCCAGCAUCUCCACGGCACUGUCCACGAUCCCCUCCCCCUCCUGCUCCCCCUCCUCCCUUGCUGUGUGUGACGAGUCCUCCCUGCCCCUCAUUCUCAACCAGGACUGUGCUCACUCGCAUGCUCACACGCACGCCCACUCCCUCGCACCGCACUGCACCCAGAAGGAUACCGGCCGACAAGGCGAGCAGCGAAAGCCACAGUACAGCUGCAGCCACGGCAAGAAGCCGCCCCCCGCCCACUCCAAACCCACUCUCCUGCAGCCAGCGGCCGGCGCAGUGGAGGCAGCAGCAACAGCGGCUGUAGCAGCAGUAGCCGGCGUGGCUACAGCCGUGGCAUCCAUAGUGUGGCGCAGCCAGGCAGCAGCGUUACCAGCAGCGGCAGGGGGAGUAGUACCAUCAGCGCAUGGGCGGGAGCCGGAUGUGAGCAUGCGUGUGGACCUGAACGUGAAUGUGAACAUGAGGGGGGCGCUGCUGCACGUGCUGGGGGAUCUGCUGCAGUCCAUCGGGGUGCUCAUUGCCGGGGCCGUCAUCUGGGCCUACCCCUCCAUGCAGUGGGUGGAUCUGAUGUGCACGUUCCUCUUUUCCUUCCUCGUGCUGGCCACCACCACGGGCAUCACGGGCGACAUUGUCUCCGUGCUGCUGCAGACUGCUCCCCGCAGCGUCAACACCGAUGAGCUACGCCACAGCCUCUCCCACCUGCCCGGAGCAGCAUCAGUGCACAGCCUGCACGUGUGGCAGCUGUCUCUCAACAAGCCAGUGCUCUCCUGCCGCAUCCUCGCCCUCCCUCACGCCGCGCCCGAGGACCUCGCCGCAGCAGCCCGGCGCCUGUGCAAGAAGCAGUGGGGGAUACGGCACGCGACCAUCGAGGUGCAGCGGCAGGGGCUGGGCAUACCUAUGCCCUCGCUGUCGUCCUCGUCGCUCUCCUCCCUGGCAUCCUCCUCGCACUCAGGCCACGACCUCUCACCCUGCGCACCGCUUUCUCCUUGAUGCAACAAAACUCAUUCAGUAAUAACCAGCCCAGCGCCCCCUUCGAUUUCACGUACACAUUCAUGCCGCCAUUCUGUCGGUUGGUGCCACAAGGUUUGCCUCAUGCUCAGAGGCAUGGCGUCUCCUUUUUAUCGUGGCAUCCGCGUUGUAGUACACCACAUGAAUUUCUGAAUAAGUAGGAAUAUGCUCAGCUACCGUGUGUUGUUCAUGAUUUUAUUAAGAGCAUCCAGUUCAUUGGCAG